CCGAAGCUAUGGCAGCAAGGCUGUUAUGUCUGAGAGCUGGCCUCUUCUUCGCUGCGUGCGAUCGGGCGGGAAAUUGCUAGAAGCGAGCGGCACGUGGCGGGUAAAGCAGGGGGGAGGUGUGAUGAUUUCCCGCGUCCCUUAAGGGCAAAGGAAGUCGCAUCAGCAGCAGCAGCAGGAGCAGGAGGAGGAGGAGGAGGAGGAGGAGGAGGUGGAAGACGAGGAGGAUAAAGAAAAUGAACGAGAGGAAAGAGAAGAAGAAGGCGCGUCCGUAUCGCGGCCCGAAGUUGUAGUACCGGCCGUUAUGACACUAAAUGGUGGCGGGAGCGGAUCACUAGCUCGCUGAUACGUCGAUCGCUCGCUCGCUGUACGCGUGCGUAUUGCCCGGGGCAUGCCACGCUUGCACCCAGUGCGGCAUCACGCAGUCGUUGAUGCAGGAUUGUCGCUCAGCUCCUCAAGCGGAGCAACGAGCUGAAGUGGUGAUGCGUGGCGUUCCCUCUGCUGUGUCUGUUCAGCGGCCAAAUGGACAUUUCCACGUUCUCGUCUGAUGGGCGAUUAGUCGUCACCGUCGCUAUUCUCAUCUGAGCUUCUUGGUUGUCACGUCCACGGCUGGCAGCGCGAGGUGUCUGCGAGUACCGUCAGUCUAGCUGGCAGAGGGGGUGAUAUAUCAUACCCAUCCUCAGCAGGGCGGAGAGGGUACUCCAGUUCGGUCGUGCUGAGGGGCCCCCAUUUGGCCGGUGUCGCGCCAUGCGGCGGGGCGCGACGUCGGCAGCGUGGAGAGAAGGCGGGAAGAUCACGUGUGUCAGCCACUUGGCGUAGCACCGGACAAUGGCGCUCUGGGAAUCCACGUAUGGAAUGUUGACUGUCCGCCACGUGGCGCUUAGCACAUCCUCCUUCCCAUUUCUACGGAGAUGGACAAGCACAGGAGCUGGCGGGGCCGCUUCUGACUUCAAGGGGGUGGCGGGGUGGGCAGCUGCGGAAGCUGGUGCCGUUGUUCUGCAAGCCUGGCCAUCGAUUGCCUGUAGUGGAUGUCGCAUCGGAGAUGUGUGUGCUGUGAAAGCCGUGGCUCUUCUUCCGUCGCGUGGAGUGGGCACGCGGAGGGGGACGAUUGGUGUGCAGUUGUCGGGACGUUGCACGAGGGCAGAGGGCAGCGGAGCUGGAGGAGGCUGGGCGGGGUGUAACCUGCGCGCUUGUGGAGCCCGCAACAGCUGUGGAGAGACUUCCGGCGCCAUGGCUACGGGACUCGCGCAGCCGUGCGCAAAACGUGUUUUGCGCAGUAGCUUCCUUGGCAGCCACUCCCUGUGGUCGACUCUUGUGUCAUCACCAUGCCUCCUCUCCCAUUCUUCUCCUCUCUCCCAUCUUCUCUCGCCGUGUUCCUCCUCCCCUUGGUAUUCUCCGCUGUCCCCGUUCUAUUUGUAUGCCUCUGGCUCUUCUGCUUCUUCCUCGCCUUCAAGUGUUGUUUGUGAAGCAUCGGGGGCAGCCGGUGGGGCAUCUUCGGCACGCUCCGCGUCGCUGGUGGUGGAACCGUUGUCGUCAACAUCAAUGAUGACUGCAGGGGUAGUGGGGGAAGCGCCCCGGGCACGGCUCCCGAUGGGACUGCCAACUGUCGUGCAGUCAGGGAUGACAUUGGAGGCUCCCCUUGCGUAUGAAUUGAUCCAAGGACCACUUGUCCGGUGGUCAGUGGUGCACGACCGCCGUUCGCCAGCGCCACCUACCGCAGUUCUCCUGCACGGUAUCCUGGGAGGUCGGCGCAAUUGGGCAUCGUUCGCGCGGCGGCUGGCGCAGGAGUUCCCCAGCUGGCAGUUUUUGGUGGUGGAUCUGCGGUGCCAUGGAGACUCCACGAAGCUGCCGAAGCACGACGAUCCGUCGGUGGCAAGUGCGGCGGCGGACGUCUUGCGCCUGGUCGCGGACUUGCGCAUCACUCCGCGGAUGCUCGUUGGACACAGUUUUGGCGGGAAAGUCGCUCUCAGCAUGAUCGAUCAAGCUGCGAAGCCCUUGGCACGACCGGUCCGCGUCUGGGUCCUGGACUCCACCCCCGGCAAAGUCCGCUCCGGUCUGGAUGGUGAGGAUGCCCCUGCGGACAUCAUCAACGCUCUCCGCGAAAUGCCACAGGUAGUGCCGUCCAGAGGUUUUGUUGUCAACACUCUCAUCAGGAAAGGCUUCUCAAGGAGCGUCGCUCAGUGGAUGACGACUAAUUUGCGUCCAAUUAAGCUUCCAGGCUUCUCUACGAGCUUAUCUUCCACAUCCUCGGCCUGCGGCGCCUCCUCUUACUCUCCCUUUCAGUCCUCUCCUUCAUCUUCUUCCUUGCCGUCGCCGUCUUCUCUGUCGCCUUCAGCUGUUGGCACCAUGGAUCGGCUCCCCGAAGUGGAGGCGGGGUUAUCUUGGGUGUUCGAUCUGGAAGGGAUCGCGAGGAUGUACUUGUCUUAUCAGAGGGAAAAUCUAUGGCCAUUGGUUGAUAAUGUUCCAGAGGGAGUUCAGAUAGACUUUGUGCGAGCGGAGAGAAGUCUGCACAGGUGGGGGAAGGAGGACGUAGACCGGAUCAACGCAGGGGAAAGAGCAGCCCGCAAACGAGGUGUGGCCGGCGGGGUGAACUUACAUGUACUGGAAGAUGCAGGGCACUGGGUUCAUACCGACAACCCAGAAGGGUUGUUCCGCCUGAUGGCUCCUUCUUUUGUCUCUAUGGGAGGAAGAGGAGAAGUAGGGAGGAUAUAUAGUGCUUCUCAUCAGCAGCACUGGCAGGAGAACCAGCCAAAGCAACAUGGCUGAAAACAGGCUGCUGAGGAGGAGGUGGUGCUGAGUAGCACUGAUGAUGCCAGAGGGAGGUGACCUCCUCCUCUCUUCCGCCCCUUGUCCCGCCCCCCUCUGGGCCUUUCUUUCCCCCCCUCCUCCCUCGCUCUUCCCCGCCCUUUGGCCCCUGGCCGGCCGACGUUGCUGCUCUCCAUCAUCGAAGUCCAUGUAGGACUACAAAACUUUCCCUCUUCCUUGGAAUUGGCCUUGGUUGGUAUUUGAGUCAUCGAGUCACUAUGCUUUGUGGAUGGAUUGGGAGGUAAGACAGGCCUCGUCCUCUUCGUUGUAAAAACAACUUUAUAAAAAGCUGACUGACUUCAUGAUUGCGUUCUCUUUUCUGCCGUCUGACAGAAAUGUGAAGUUGUUCGACUUCUUUUGCUUCUUUUUAAACUUUUUUUUUAUAUAUAACUUGUUUGGCUCGAGUGUCGUGUAGUUGUCGGAGUGGUCUUUUAUUUUGUCAGCAGUUCAUGGGUGUGUACCCUUUCGUGGAAUUGGCCUCGGUUGUCAUUUGAGUUAUUGCGUCGCUAUGCUUUGUGGAUGGAUUGGGAGGUCAGUCAGGCUUCGUCCUCUUAAGUGCAACGAAGUUGCCUCUACCAAGAAAUUUUGGGAACGCCUUCAGCUUUUGCUAUUUUCCGUGUGCCGGGACGAAGUGUGGUGUCAGAGUUUUUCAGUAGUUCGUUCUAAAAACAACUUUCGAAAAAGCUGACUCACUUCAUAUGAUUGCGUUCGCUUUUCUGCCGUCUGACAGAAAUGUGUGGAGUCGUUCGACUCUUUUUUUCAACUUCAUAAGUUAGUUCAACUUAGUUAGUUUUGCUACAGUGACAUGUAGUUAUGGGAGUGAUCUUUUAUUUUUGUCAGCAGUUCAUGGAUUUAUUUAUAUUACUUUACAAG